AUGGGAAUACGAGCCUCGAUUUCCCGUGUCAUUCCAUCGCCACCAUUAUACAGUGUCUGUCCUGAGUCAUUGGCCCAUCUACUUCCAUUUGUGUCAUUUGUCGUCGCACUGCACAUCGCAGCAUACGUUAACCUCUGGCUGAGAUCUCUCAACAUCUACUCAGUAGCCAAUCAACGUUCUCCCCUCUGGAGGGUAUGCAAUCGAAUAGUCAUGGCCCUCGUAUACGCCAUCACUUCCGAUGCUCUUAGUGUUCGAUGGCCCGUCAUCAUGGCUGGUGCCACAAUCGAUUUAUUAGGAACCCUUGUGGCCGUCAGGGACUUGCCCUUUGGUGCAACAUACGUUGCUUGGUUCUUGACGUUUGCUCCCGUCGGAACAGGUGCCUUGCUCUUCGCAUGGGGUAGCGAGAUUUGUGGAGAUAGUGCCGAGGAAAGAGCAAUCUUGCUUGUAUGGUUGAAUAUUCUGGUAUACAUAUUCAAUGCCUGGGUACCGUUGUAUGCCUAUCUGGCGGAUGAGGCGCCAUACUACAAGUCUGGCUACAAGGUGAACGCUGCCUUGUGGGGAGUAUAUUUGAUUGGCAUUCCGGUUAUGCUGUGGUUUUCUAAGAAGUUUCCGACUAAAAGGGCUCCAGUUGAAGAUGCAGUACAACCAGCUGAUUACGAUGAGAAAUGGAAAGAAAGCAAGGCAGCUCAUACCAAACGGGAGGCGUGA